CGAAGGGUUUAAACAGGCUCCAACUCCCGAUUCUGCUUUAACAAAGGGCGGUGUUUCGCUUCCUGCUAGUCUUUUGUAAAUGUUAUUCUUUCUCUUUGCCUGUUACUUCUAAACGCGCCCGGACGAUGCUAGCCUUUUUUGGGGAAAUAUUAUUCCCACUUUCUAACCCACAGUUGGAGUUUAUCGCCGCGGGGACGGGUCCGAUUUCCCUUUGUUUUGGAAAAAUCUGAACAGAAGAACCAAGAUGCCGAACUGAUGGAUUUGAGCAGGACAGAGACAGAGACCGCAUCGUCUUGGGAAACGGGUCAGUACUCGUGCCUGGCAAGCUGGCCUGCCCUGUUGGUGCCAUGAAAUGUCUUGGGCCCUUGGAUGACCAGCGGCUUGCAUCCCUCCUUGACGUUGCACUCUCUAAGGAAGCCAAGUUAUGGAAAGUGCCUCUUUUCAAGACUUGCAGUUACCAGCAGGAUCCAACUAUCAAUCCACUGCAGCGGGAGCAUGUCGUUCUGUGGCUCAGGGACUUGUGCUCCAAGUUUGGGUAUUACCCUGAGACCUUCUUUUUUGCUGUUAGUAUUCUUGAUCGCCUCUUAGCAUCUGUAAAGGCACAACCAAAGUAUCUUCGUUGCAUUGCCAUUUCCAGCUUGUUCAUCGCAGCCAAAAUCAAUGAGGAAGAUGAGGUCACACUCCUAGUAAAGGACCUCACAGCGAAGAGUGCCAGUGGCUGUUCUACCAAUGAGGUUGUGAGGAUGGAAAGGAUCAUACUGGAGAAACUGCAGUGGGACCUUUACACCGCCACACCAGCAGACUUUUUGAACAUAUUCCACGCCAUGGUGAUGUCCAGCCAGCCCCAUCUCCUCGAGCAGUGGCCUCAGAUGAAGCCUUCUCUCCAUGCCGCGCUCUUAACCAGACAGCUGCAGCACUGCAUGGCCUGCCACCAGUUACUGCAGUUCAGAGGCUCCACGCUUGCCUUAGCGAUCAUCAGCUUGGAAGCAGAAAGAUUGACUCCUGACUGGUUCGCUGUUACAACUGAUCUGCUAAAGAAAACACAGAUUCACAGCUCAGAGUUUAUCUACUGUAGAAACAUUGUGGAACAGCAGUUAUUACCGCCCACAUUGGUCUGGGAUCCCAACACGCUCUAUGUCUUUGAUCCUGCAAGUUCGGUCAUUGAAAGGCAAUGGCGGGGAAGAUUGCUUUACACUCGUUCAGGCAGAUGUGAUUUGAUGUCUGAUUCACUCUCCGGUGGAAAGCUGUGGUCCAGCCAGCGAGCUGCUAUCAGCGACACUAUAGCUCUGGUUAAACCAAAUGAGGCAGAGGCAAGCCCCAUGUACGGAAUGCAGAAUCUCUCCAGAGAUACCAUCACUGCGGCUGCCGAGGGGAUUGGUGACAGCAAGGAUGUUGAUUCCAGCACAGCUAGUUCACAGCUGGUGGAAAACCCUUCACCGUGUCCCCCGCUGCAGCCUGUGGAUGAUGAGUAAGUGGCCAAAAUGGGAGUUAACCAAAUCAUAGAUUCAUUUUUAUUUUAAGAAGUUGUAUAUGUACAAGGGUAAAAUAAAUCCAUUCAGUGACAUAACUGCUCAAACUGGUACAAUCCAUUUCAGGACUGUCAGGAAAUCACAAAGAUUAUUCUCUACUGCCGGGUCUUAGUAACAAAGUCCUUUACCCACCUCCAUCCCAAGGGUUCCAGUAUCUUCUCUAGCCAAGUUUGUAUGUCUUCCAUGGAAUAGUUAUCCCCGUGGUGAAAAUGGUCAGCUAAAUAUUAUAUGCAGAACAUUUAGCUGACAACAAAGAACCAGUACAUUUUUUUUCUUAACCUUUAGGGAGAUUGACCUGUGCCUACACUGUGGGAGGUGGGUAGUUUGUGUUUUGCAGGAUAUCCAUUGAUGUCAACUUCCUGACCCAACAGUACAUUUUUUAGAAUAUUUCCUAGUUUCUACUGGUCCAUAAGGGUUUUGCGUUGGUUUCCAGGGUGAAUGUGGUAUUUGGACUUUGAUACUGAGCAGCUUUGAGUCCAAUGGUUCAGGAAUAUCAUGCCUAGGGAGGCAGCAGGAGGCUUACUCCCCACGAUUAAUCAGUGUGCAGGUUUAAUUGUGCCCCUCCAUGCAAAGUCACUUUAAAUGACCAAGAUUUUCUUCCUCAUCCCUUCUUUACAACUGUUACAUUUCCCACAUUCCACAAUGACACAAUUGUGUAUCUCAAAGUAUUCCUUUACCAUCUCUAUACAUGUCUGAAUGCAAAUUCUCCACAGACCAGCAGAAGCAAGCAAUGAUUUAGAACAUUUUAAAUUGUAUUAUAAAUCAUUACUUGCUACAUAGAAGAGUGUAUAGUUUAAUGGUAGUCCCAGAAAUGGGAUAUACUCUUUUCCACCUGUGAAUAAUCUAGCUUUGGCUAAGAGUCUUCUGUAAACAGCCACUUGCUAGCAGUAUCAUUAUGCACUCAGUAGUUUUAGUGAACUUUAAAUAUUUAAUGCUUAUCAAGCAUGAACAAAAAUACUUCAGAGCUUCCAUGAAGAUGCAAAGUGAUCUAAACUUGCAAUAAUUACUUCAAUUUGGAGAGCAGUUUUAUUGCCAGUGCCCACUUUGAAAGCAAUAUUCUUUAGGCUGGUGCAGAAUUGCCUUGGAUGGCAUCAGCGAUUGCAUUUGUGCAGUAAUUACUUUGUAUCCUGGCUUUUGUACUGCUUUGGCCAACACUGGAAACUUCCAUUGUUCAAACUCCAGCACAAACUAAUAAAAUCUCCUCGACGGACUGCAGAUGUUGGAAUCUGGAGCAAAACAAAUUAUUGGAGAAACUUAGUGUGGGUCAAACAGCAUCUGUGGGAGGAAGGGAAUAGUUGGUUUUGGGUUGAGAUCUUGCAUCAGUCCUGAUUUAGUGCCUCAACCUCAAUCAUUGACCAUUCCUCAUCCUUCCCUCCCCCUCCAACCCCAACGUACCUCCAUCACAGAUGAUGCUUGACACACUGGGUUCGUCCUGCAGCUGGUAUGAGCAAAAUUUUCUGCCUCAUGUUUUAAAAGGAUACAGUGUGCUACCUCCAUCUUGUGGCCAUUGCAGAAAAUAUCUCAUUGUGACUGCAAUGACAUUUUUUUUGGCAUCAUUUGGCCUCCUUGACUCACACACCCAGGAACAUCUGAAUUUAUGUGGUGCAGUCAGUUCUUAAAUGAUAGCAGGAUUUUCAAUUGCUCUUCUGUUAUCAUCUCCCUUGUAUACUUUUAAAGAAAUCCUUGAUGUGCCCAAAAUUUAUUUUUGAGGCUUGUCUUUUUGUUGGAAUCAUUGAAUUGGAUGGAUGGCACCCGUUAGUCUGGCAAGACUAUGGAAAGUCUUGCUUCAGUCUCUCCAGGGCGUAGGCCUGGGCAAGGUUCUAUGGGAGACCAGCAGUUGCCCAAGCAGCAAGUCUCCCCUCUCCAUGCCACCGAUGUUCAAGGGAAGGGCAGGGGCUGAUACAGCUUCAUACCAGUGACAUCGCAGGAGAUGCCAGAGUGAGGUUGAAAGCAAUGUCGGACUGCCUUAGGAACCCCAGCUCCGGAUUUGUCCUCAGGGUUUACUCCUGAAGCCUUUCUCAUAAGUGGGUAUGGCCGCAAGGCAGCGGAGGUUUGAAAUCAGAGUUUUCCCUCUCUUCGAUGGGUUGACGAGCUCCAUCUACUCAAAAACAUUCAAUUCUGAAAAAUGUAAAUCUUUCUUUCAAUGGCUAAAGAGCUCAAGUCCAAUCCAUAUUUUUUCAUCACAAACUUAACAUUGUUAAUUGCUAUUCUAUACGUCCAGUGGCUAGAAAUGUGCAGUUUACAGGAUGCAGUCUGUCUUGAGCCAAGAUUAGAAGAUUAGCUUUAUUUUGCACACGUUAAUUGAAACAUACAGUGAAAUGCAUCGUUUGCAUCAAGUCAGCAAAGGAUUGUGCUGGGCAGGUGUUGCCAUGGUUCCGGCACCAACAAAACAUUGUCCAGAUGUCACUAACCCUAACUGUAAUUCCUUGGAAUGUGGAAGGAAACUGGAGUACCUGGUGGAAACUUAGUCACAGGGAGAAUGUACAAAUUCCUUACAGGCAGCAGCAGGAAUUGAAUCUUUUUUGAUGAUUGCUGGUGCUGUAAAGCGAUGGGUGUUAUGCUUCCGUGCUGCCCAAGUACCUGAUCCCAAUGGUUUGAAAAUACACCAAUAUUCUACGUGCCUUAACUUGUCAAUUAACCAUCCACCUUUGGUACACCAUAAUUCACAUUAUAAAGUUACAGAUCAAUUUUGCCUGUGUGUUUCAAGCUGUUUCAGAAUCCCAUGCCAGUUAAAGCUGAGAGUUUCAAAUCUUCACAAUAGUAAAUAAACCAAAGAAAUAUUUUAAAUUUAUUUGCGCGAAGCUCAAAAAUUCACAGCAUUGAAACUAAAUUUAACUCCUUUAAGAGGAAAUAGUAGAAUAUUAUAUUUGUUCACAGUCAAAUGUAACUGGAACAAAUGAUUAGAGGAGAAAGUCCUACUGCUUUAAUCAAAAAAUGUUAUAAAAUAAACCGUGCACUUAAUGAGUCAAUGUCCUGAAAACCGAUGGAUAAUUCCAUUUAAUGCCAUUGACAUUUUGGAAUCUUUUAAUAAAAUGUGCAAUUCUUACCUUUUCAAUAGAAGUUUUAGAAAUUUUCUGAACUGUAGCAGGCACGAUAUUCAUAGAAGAUUAUUAAACGACAACAGCCGUCAUUGAAAUACCUAAAGUUCUAUACAGUAAAAUUCAGGGGAGGGGGAAUUUGAUAAAUUACUAUUGGCUAUCAAUAUUACAAUUAGUGACAGAAAUGUCAUUUCACAGAAUGGCAUUACCAAUAAUAAUGAUUAUAAGAUUAUAAUUUUAAAAAAUCAAAUCUUACAUCUAUAUGCAUUUCCCACGACUUACUGUUAUAUAUUCUGACACUCUCAUUUAUAAUAACAAUUAUCAAAGAAUGGAUACCACAGAUCAUGUUGACCAUGAUCUCAUCAAGUGGCAAAGGGGUGACAUGGGCUCCUGGGAUUCUGAAGUAAACUGAACUUGAGAAAUACUUCUCAAUACUUUUGAGCUCCUCAGCCUAUAUUGCAGUGGCAGCUUGUGAUCCUGUUACCCAAAUUGCAUGUAAUUGCAAUUUUUCUUUGUAUUCUGUUUUUUCUAUUAACCAUUGUAAUGGUCUUAAUUUGCUACGCAUGACACAUUCAAUUGGUAUGUUAUUCAUUUGUAAUUAUAGGCCUACAGAAAAUGCUCAAGUAAAUGCUUCUGCAAAGUUUUAGUAAAAGAGAAUUAAUCUGACAUAGCAUUCUGAAAUUUCUCAUACUGUAAUUAUUAUUUACAGAAUUUUCUGAGCACAUUAAGAAAAUUAAUUUAUCCAGCAUGUAACCUAACAUCGGGGGCAGAAACAAAUUAAACAGCUGUUUUCUUUCUCACUUUAUGAAUUGUUUAGUCACUCUGGUGACUGGGUAGAGGUAAUCUGUACAGUAAUGAAGAUGUGUGCAAGAUUCAUCAUUUCUAUGUUUCAAAGGCAGCUAAUAGAGGUACUACUACAAUAGACAUGUUUCAAGCUAUUUGUGUAAAACUACUAAGAAUAUGCCUUAGAUUGGGUGUUCCCUUUCAGAGGAAAACCCUAUUGACAAAACCUCACAGUUGUGCGAAAAAUACAGCGGAUUAAAGUGCCCUCAGUGGUUAUAAAUGCUAUAUAUUUUAUUGGAAAAUGUACAACUUUUCUGUGGUAGGACCAAAAACUUCCUAUAAAAGCAAAAUAAGCUUUAGCAUCCUUUUAAAUACUGUGAUAUUUAAAACUAUUUAAGCAUAACAAGUAUUUUGUAUUCCUGACAGUUUCUGCACUAAUUUUACUGUUAAGAGUACAAGUCUCGGCACUCUCCAUUUUAGUAAAUGUGUUUUAUUCUGUAUUCAUAUUUUAAGUUAACAUUGAGCAGGUGAUACUGAGCAAAAUACUGGAAGCUCUUUGCUGCUCUUUGAGGAACUCUUAUCCAGCUCCUGUACAAUUUGAACAAAAUGUUUAUAGAUUUAUUUGAACUAAAUAAAACUGAUAUUUUGAGAA